AAAUAAUGACAUUUGGGCCAGUUUCCAAACUGUUCUAUGCAAAUUUGUUUUCACUCUACGACAUAAACAAUAAAUUUUCCCAAAAAAUUAUAAAUUUUUAAUUGAAAAAAUGCCAGGAACGGAGAUUAGUGAUAUUAAAAUUUACCCCAAAUCAAUUGUCUGCGAAGAUAGUCAACUUCGCGGUGACAUCACCAUAUCAAGUGGCUGUGCAAUCCACCCAAGUGCAACCAUAAUCGCCGAAUCGGGUCCGAUUAUUUUGGGCGAGAAUUGCAUUGUCGAAGAAUACUCAACCAUUGUUCAUCGAAUUCCAAGUGACCAUCCUUUGUUUGAAGAGGGGAAAACUCCGGUCCUGACUAUCGGACCGAAUAAUGUCUUCGAAGUUGGAUGCAGAGUGGAAGCAUACAAAAUCGGCGAGAAGAAUGUCUUUGAAUGCAAAAGCUUUGUCUCGCCUUACGUGUCUGUGUCGAGUGGAUGCAUUAUUGGAGCUGGUUGCAGUGUCCAAGGCAAACAAGAUCUCCCCGAAAACACUGUGAUUUAUGGAAAAGACUGUCUACAAAGGGAAGCUAUUGAAAAGCAAGGAUCUCAAACAUUGCAAAUCGACUUUUUGAGAAAAGUCCUUCCAAACUAUCAUCAUUUGAGAAAGGCAAACUAUGACCCUAAAAAAGCACGAGCCCAAAUCUAAAUUUAUUUAAAACAGAGAUAAAAAAAACACUCAUUAACUUACUCUUAAAAUUGAAUUAAAUCAUAACUUUAUUUUCAUUGAAA